AUGGACAGUUUGGAGGGUUCACGGUUGUCAAUGAUGAAGGAAGUGUUUGACAGCUUGCAACUGGUAAGAGCUGCGCAGAACUCUCUGCUUAGAUCUCUUUCUGCUCUGUUUUGAAAGUGAUUGCUAGGUAGAUUGCUGUGUGUGUUUUCAACUGCUUCUUCUGAAUCUUAAGAUUUCUGGAUUCUAGCUAAAAUUCCAGUUUAUCUAGAGUACGGCCCUUCCUUCCUUGCAAAACGCAAACUUCUUGCCUUUUGUGUCUUGAUUCAGCUGCUAAUUCAUUGCAAGUUUCUCUGUGGUUCAUUGGUGAAAAGAGAGUUAAUUUGUGGGGUGGGGUGGGGUUGGAAUAUAGGAAUAUCUGCUAAAACCAGAAGAAAUAACAGCAACAUGCAGGGUGUGUCUCUAAGGUGGUAGCUGAAUUAUUCAGGCACAUGCCCAGGUUAGCGCCAUAGGAGCAAUGCACAAUACCCAGUCAGUCUGCACCACCAACAGUGUAGAAAUAAAUGAGAUUGCAAGGCCAGCAGUGACUGUGCUAUCAACACAGAGUCUUAUGAGCCACCAUUCAGAUAUUGCAAAUGGGGCAUUUGCAACAGGUUUGUUUUUUUUAAUAAAAAAACUUACUGGAUUUCCCCCAGAAAGACUACAUUCAGAUUAAAUGAGGUGAAAUAUUAGUGUUUUGAUGCCAUGGCUGCUGUGUGGAUAUUGUGAACGUUUCGCAUGCACACGGAACAUGCAUCCCAUGAUAAACACCUGUCUGGAAGCAUCCAUCGUUUCUGUUUUUAAAGUGGUAAUUUGGUCCCUGUAGCAAGAAACGGGCACAGUGGAAGCUUGCAACUGGCCAGAAAUGAAAUUUGAAUGUGAUUAUAUUUCAGGCGUGCCUUCCCUUCCCUGUUUCAUGGCAUUCUGAACUGCUCUCCAUCAGAGACAGGAUGUUUGGCUGGAGGAAGUACUUCAGGGAUGGCACAGAAACCUCCUUUACUUGACAUUUUAAAAAUAGGGAACGGAUUUUUACAGCUUAAUUCAAUUAGGAAUAAAAGCAGAUGCAUUGAUGAUUAGUAUUAUUAAAAUUGUUUAUAUACUGUCUUUCAUUUCAAGAAGAAAUACCAAGGUGGUUCACUGUGGUCACUGUUGUAACUCUUAAGAUCAGAGUGAAUAAUAAUAAUAAUAAUAAUAAUAAUUCAUUAUGGUUAGUGUGCAUAACUCUUGAGAAAAGUACUGGGGAACCUCUAAUUCUCCAGAUGUUGUUGACUAUGGCCACACGCACCUCAUUAAUUUAAAGCACUAUGAUUACCGCUUUAAACAGGCAUGGCUUCCCCCAAAGAAUUCUGGGAGCUGUAGUUUCUUAACAGUGCUGAGAGUUCUUAGGAGACAUCAAUUCACCUCGCAGAGUUUCUGUUCUUAGAGUUGUCUGUGAAGAGGGAUUGAUUGCUAAACCACUCUGGAAAAUGUAGCUCCAUGAGGAGAAUAAGAAUCUCCUAAGAGUGAUCAGAUUUCUCAACCAACUAUAUGGUUCCCAUGAUUCUUUGGGAGAAUCCAUGACCGUUUAAAAUGGCACGAUACUGUUUUAAAUGUAUAGUGCAGAUGUGGCCCAGCUUUGGAAACGUGUGUGCCAAUCUCGUGUCAAUUUCAACUGUCCAGUUCGGAACACAGAGGAAGAUGGUGAGCUCUUGAGCAGAACUGGGGACCAGGUAGGCUGGGAUUUCACAGUGACAUUGACACAGGAUCUUAAUACAUCAUUCAACAUUUUUGUCCCAAUCAACCCAGAGAAGAAGGCAAAUAUGGUAGAUAGGCAGAUGGAAGGCAUUCACAAUUCUUAGCUGGUGUGUCCUGAUUUUCAUCAGGUGCAUCAGUCUGUGCAAACCCCAUUAUGUGAAUGCAAUGGACCAAACUGAGCUUUGGGCAUUCCAACACAAGUCAUGCUAAACACACUCUGAGGGAUAUGCCGAAAGCCAAAUCUGGGCAGGACUCAACCUGAAGGCAUGCAUGCAUAGCACACAACUAGUACAGGUCAACAGGGUGGGAGAUUAGCAAUGCUCUGGUUGGCAACAGUGGCUUCCAUGGAUUGAGGUGAGUUCUUGAGGAUGCCUGGCAACCCGCUGCUGGAAACUAACAUUCUGUUAGUUAACCAACAGAGUUCUUCUUAUAUUAUGCCUUGUCUCAGCUCUUUUGCGUCAGUGUGCUGCAUCUGAAAGAAAGGCAGAAUUCUCUCAGGGAAAAGUAUCAUUCUGAAUUAGGAUAUGCAGCAGUUAGCAAGUGUCACUAAUAUGAAUGGAAUUACGAUGCCAAGGAAUGGAUGUGAUUGUGAAAGCAUUUCCCUUUACACAGCGUUUUGGAUGGCCCCAUCACAGAGGUGAUGAAAGGUUGCAUGCUAUGUUGCCCAAUUGCAUUCUCAACCCCAUCCCAGGCCACUUGGCUACAAAAAAAAUGAAAUACCAAAACUAAUGUCAAUAUUUAGAGUUUGUACUAUAUUUAGUUCCUGUUGCACCAGUUUUUAGCAAGUGAGCUGAUCAAUUAAAUUUCCCUUUUUAGACCUGGCAUCUAACCAAAAGCUAAAAAUAGAAGACCCAAGGUCCUUUGGCUGCUAAUUUAGGCACUGAUCCUCUGAGCAUUCCGUAAAUAUAGAACUUGGAUUUAGAGUGAAAAAAUGUGGGGCAAAGAUUUAAAUCCACAUUUCCAAAUAGUGGUUGUCGGAGUUGUGUGUGGAGAGUAUGUGAGGUUGGAGUUUUCCUGGUGUUUCUUUCUCCCCCAUUGAUGAAGUGCUGACUUACGCCUUCUAAACUCUCUUGUUUGGCAGCAAUUAUACUGUACUUGUGCAUAAUGUAAGAGAGCAUAUGGAGGCAAGGAAGAGAGAUUUUUUAAAAACAUGCUUGUGCAUUCUUAACUGUAGAUGAAGCACAUUAUCUUCGAUAAUGCAUGUGUGUGUUGCCAUUAUUACAAGUCACUCCAUUAUUAUUAUUUUUAUUAAAAUAAUUCAGCAUUAAUACAUACAUAUUACGAAUAAACAGACAAACAUACAUUUCAUACAAUCCUUAAAAAUAUUCAUACCUACCCACACUCAAUCCCACAGAUACUUCCUUUUCCCACCACCAUCCCUCACCCCACCCUUGUGUUAGACUUCCAAUCUACUCAAUUGCAAUUCCUUUACACUUCUAUUACAGUGGUGCCCCGCAAGACGAAUGCCUCGCAAGACGAAAAACUCGCUAGACGAAAGGGUUUUUCGGUUUUGCGUUGCUUCGCUAGACGAAUUUCCCUAUGGGCUUGCUUCGCAAGAUGAAAACGUCUUGCGCUUUUUUCUUAAAGCUGCUUGAAGAGGCGCAGUUGCGACGGACCGUGCUUCGCAAGACGAAAAACAUCGCAAGACGAAAAGACUCGCGGAACGAAUUAUUUUCGUCUUGCGAGGCACCACUGUACUUUCUUUCACACACGUUUAAACCAACUUUCUACUUCUUUUUCUGUUACACAUUGUUAUCCAUCUUAUUUAGUAUUUCAGUAUUUAUAACGGAACUUGUUUAUUCUAAUAGGAGUUCUGAUUUUUCAAUGUGAUUUUGCAAGUAUAAGUCAUUGCAUUAUUACAGUGAUAUCCCACUAAGAACAUGUGAAACAUCUUGCUCACUGUGGUUUCCCAGAGUUUCAGGCAGGGUUCUUUCCCAGUGUGACCUGGAGAUGCCAGGGAUUUGGAACCUUUUGUGUGCAAAGCAAGUGCUCUACAACUGAUGUUAAGCAGGACAUAAAAAAGUCCUUCUGAUGUCUAGCAAGACAUUAAAAAGUCCUGCUAGAUCAGACCAGGUGCCCACCUAGUCUAGCAUUCUUCUCUCACUGUGGCCAACCAGAUGUCUAUGGGAAGCCCACACCAUAAGCAGAAUUUAAGCACUACAGCACUUUCCCCUUCUGUGAUUCCUAACAACUGUUAUUCAGAGGCAUUCAUCUUCAGAGCAGGAGGUGGGUCUGAGUAAUUCCCGGGGGAGGCUUAACACGCACACACAUCACUUUAUGUUGGAGCUGGUUGUAUCAGGUCAGACAACUGAUCCAUCUAAGUUCAGGGACAGGCACUGAAUAAUUAAGCGGGAAUGAAGCGAUGCUGCUAUGUUGCUAAACAAGAAGUAAUGCAAUGGGCAGAAGCUGCAAGGAGGAAGCUACUAACAUACCCUGCAACAUUUCUCCGAUGAAAAUAGGGACACCCUAUUCCGUAAUUAUAAUAAAUAUAAUUUUAUACCCUGUCCAUCUGACUGGGUUGGUCCAGCCACUCUGGGCAGCUUUCAACAUAUAUAAAAACAUAACAAAACAUUAAACAUUCAAAAACUUCCCUAUACAGGGCUGCCUUCCGAUGUCUUCUAAAAGUUGUUACUUAUCUCCUUGGCUCGAAGGUUGCAUAACUCCAUACCCUCCAAUAUUUCACUGAUGAAAAUAGGGACAUCCUAAGGAAAAGCUGGACAUUCCGGGAUCAAUUCAGAAACUGAGACAGCUUCUGUAAAUCCAGGACUAUCCCUGGAAAAUAGGGAUACUUAGAGAGUCUCUAUUAAUUAAAGGCACAAUGGCCUUGAAAAUCUUCGAUGGAAUUGUCAGCUAUGCCACUCCACACUAGACAUGUUAGUGUUGCAGUUCCUUUUUAGCAUAGGAAAAAGAUAACCACAAAUCAGGUCUAAAAAAGUUGGGAGGAUGACAGAGAAAGCACUGGAAUGGAAAAGGCUAGCAAUGCAGUUGACUGGGAUUCGCAGCAAAUAAUAAUGAUAAAAUGAGUGAACAAAACAUGGAAAUUCCAGACCACAAUCUCUUGGAGUAUAGGAACUGCUGUCCCUUGACUGUCCUGUGGGGUGUGCAUAGGGCAGAAAAAAAGCUGGCUCGAGUCUGUGAAGUGGCACCCUUUUUGGAUCAGAAAUGCUGACCUACUGUUUUCUACAUAAGCAGCAAAUGAAGGCCAGUGGUGAUAGGUAUAGAGUGCAUUGACACUGUUCACAAGGACACCCAAAUCCUUACAUAAUUCUAGCAGGAGUUUAAUAUAGGACAAGAGUUGAAGGAAUCAUUACAACAUGAAGUGGUGGCAUGCAGACUCCACCUGCACCCUUUAAGUGACUCUGUUGACACAUGCUAUACUGUACCCAUCUUCUUGGACAUUUGCUUGUGUGUCUUCUCAUGUAGGUGGAGCAGAUCCUCUCAGAAUUCCGGCUACAGGAACAGGAUCUGAAGAAGGUGAUGCAUCGGAUGCAGAAGGAGAUGGACCGGGGCCUGAAGCUGGAGACACAUGAGGAAGCCUCUGUGAAGAUGCUGCCUACUUAUGUACGCUCUACCCCUGAGGGAUCAGGUAAGCAACAAUGGUGGUUGUGUCAUUUUGGUGUAGCUCAGGAGGUCUGACCUACAACCAACCUACCUGCUGAAGUCAAGGAUACUAGCAUAGGGCUAGAUAACCUGUGGCCCUCUAGAAGUUGCUCAACUCAACUCCCAUCGUCCAGGCAGCAGGAAACAUGGGCAAUGGCCAGGGAUAAUGGGAGCUGUACUCCAACAGCAUCUAAAUGGCCAUAUGUUCCCCACUACAAUGCUAUUGUCCAGAAGCAGUUCCCCAAACAGGGCUUCUUGGCAGGUGAGUCACUGUUGCUUACCAGGAUGGAAUGGGGGAGAGGAGAGGUGGCAAGGAGAUUGGCAUGGUGCAAAUGCAUUGGCAGGGGCCGUGAAUUGGCUCUGCCGGUGCAUUUGUGCUGCACUGACUUUACUGCUUCUUCACCCCUUCUCCUUCCAGGAAGCAACAGUGACCCACUUACUGGGAAGCUAGCGUUGUGGCUCCACCCCAUCCAAUGAACCACUUCUGCUAGUAUGUCUUCUGAACUCUUAUGUCCUGACCCCUGACUCUGAUCCAAUGUUUACUAUAAUUGAGCUGUUCUCAUUAUAGGUUGCUGGCCCAUUUAAUGAAUGUCAGAGACUGCCGUAGAUUAACAGUAACUCUUUUAUGGUAUAAAAGUGACUAUACAGUAGCCCUAAUAAACUCACCAAUGCAGAACUUAUUGUGCUUUAGUCCUAAUCUAGCUUCACUUCCCAUGCCCUAGCCUGCCCUUUCAGGAUCCCAUUUCACCACAUUUACAAACAACUGAGGGAAACAAUGAGCUGCAUGAACAACCCUUAGUAACUUUUGUACCCUGAGGUGAUGAGUAAACUAUCAGUCAGCUCUAAUAGCACCUGGGGAUUAUUCUGCUCUUAAUUGGUUGCUAUUUCUAUCUAAAGAAUGAUUAGUCUCUGUAUUGUGCAUUUCCUGAUCAGUCUGCCUCUGGAGGUCACUUUCCAUGCUCACAGGAUGGGAAACAAGCUGCCAUAGAUGGCAACUGCUGAUGUUUCAGGAUCUUGGUCUAUUGAAGCUUUGUUCUCCUGCUAGCUCUGUCCUUAAACUUGUUGAUUGUAUGGCUGGAUAUGAUUCUGGCACAAGUCUCACGUGUUUUCUGCUCCUUCUAAAUGUAUCACUGUUGGUCAUUACAGCAUUGGAUUGUGGUGUCAAAUAGUGCCCCUGCCCCUGGUUCUGACCAUCACCUCUGACUGUCAAGUUUUAUUCUCACCUGUGAACCAGGAUGUAGUUUUAGCAAUGCUUUUAUCAAACUGUAACUUAUAUAGGCUUUUCUGCCUUUUUAUCUGCUACAUGGACUUCCUUCAGAUCAGGCCACUGGGGAUACAGGUCUGUUUCCAGGGUCAGAACUGGUACUUUGUUGUUGACCCAUUAACAACUAUGCUGGGCUGUUGGUUGCAUUAAUUGCAGUUGCUCUAUCACUCACUUAAAAUGGAUCUUCUUUUUUCAGGCUCUGCUUUGUGGUUUGGAUUGCUCUUUGUGCCUCCCCAUUGGCUUGUAGGUAGUGUUGGCAAUGUGGCUAAAAUUACAUUUCUUUGUGAACUGGGAAAACUCCUUCUCUGCAAAUUGUGGGGCAUUAUUUGUUACAAGUUCAUCAGGCCCCUGUCUGACAAAUACAGUCUUUAAACAACUGAUGGUGGUAGAAUUUGUAAGAUCAAUCAUGUGUGCUAUUUCUAGAUAUUUAGAAAAAUAGUCUAUAUACGUAGCAACCAGGUACUUAUGCUCAUGUAAUUCAUAAAUGUCUGUUCCAACUUUUUUCUAAGGUCUGUCCUGUAAUGGAGUAAAAGUGGUUUCUUUUUUUUUUUUUGCAAAAAUUUUAUUAGUUUUUACAAUAUCAACGACAAAGACAAACACAAAACAAACAAAACAUAACAAACAUAAAUCAUACCCUUAUUGAAAAUAACAGUUAUUUACUUUGUAAAACGACUUCCUCAUUUCCCCUUAGUUGAAUUUCAUUGCAUAUCCUUAUAACGGUUUUCCAAAUCCCAAUUUUGAUACCCUUUAAAUUAAACAUUAACAUCUUUAAGUCUUCUCCUUCUUGUAUUAAACAUAUUAUUUUAUCAGUUGACAUAAAUAUAAUCCUAAGCCCAAUAAGUAUCUGGACGCUAUUUCCAGUUAUUUUAGCUUAACAAAUUUAGCUAAAUAAUCAUUAAAUUUCUUCCAUUCUUCGUGGUGUUCCUCCUCCUUCUGGUCGCGGACUCUUCCGGUUAGAUCGGCUAGCUCCAUAAAAUCCAUCAUCUUCAUCUGCCAUUCUUCUACUGUUGGUAAUUCUUGAGUUUUCCACUUAUUAGCUAACAAAAUACGAGCCGCAGUUGUGGCAUACAAAAAUAGAUUAACAUCUUUCUUGGGCAAUUCCGAACCUGUUAUUCCAAGAAGAAAGGCCUCUGGUUUCUUUAUAAAUGUAUAUUUCAACAUUUUUUUCAAUUCAUUAUAAAUCUUUUCCCAGAAGUCUUUCACCUUGGGGCAGGUCCACCACAUAUCAAAGAAUGUUCCUUCCUUUUCUUUACAUUUCCAACAUGUAUUAUCACAAUUAUGAUACAUCUUUGCUAGUUUUACUGGAGUCAAAUACCAUCUAUACAUCAUCUUCAUAAUAUUUUCCUUUAACAAAGUACAUGCGGUGAACUUCACCCCUUUCUUCCACAAUCUUUCCCAGUCCUCAAACAUUAUAUUAUGUCCUAAAUCUCUUGCCCAAUCUAUCAUCACCGAUUUAACUUGUUCAUCUUUCGUAUGCCACUCCAGCAAAAGCUUGUACAUUUUAGAUAGGUUUUUACCUUCAGUGUCUAACAACUCCGUCUCCAGCUUAGAUUUUUCCAAGGCAAAACCAUUUUUCUUAUCCAGUUUAUACAAUUCGUUAAUCUGGUGAUAAUGUAGCCAAUUUAGCUUAUCUUUAAUUUGCUCAAAUGGUCUUAAUUUAUAACCUUCCUCUUCCUCUAUCAAUAAGUCAUAAUAUCUCAACCAUUUGGUAUCCAUAUUUAAUUUUUCUGGGCCUUUGCCUCCAUUGGUGAAAGCCAUCUGGGCGUCUUUCUUUCUAAAAGGUCUUUGUAUUUUAUCCAAACAUUAUACAACGAUUUCCUAAUUAUAUGAUUUUUAAAUGCUUUAUGGGCUUUUACUUUAUCAUACCACAAAUAUGCAUGCCAAUCAAACACAUUAUCAAAUCCCUCCAAAUCUAGUAAAUCUGUAUCUUCUAAUUUCAUCCAUUCUUUAAUCCAACAAAGUGCGGCAGCUUCAAAAUAGAUUUUUAAGUCUGGCAGAGAGAAUCCCCCUCUUUCUUUGGAAUCCGUAAGUAAUUUGUAUUUAAUUCUGGGUUUCCUCCCCUGCCAGAUAAAUCUAGAAAGAGCUUUUUGCCAUUCUUUAAAACAUUUCACAUUGUCUAUAAUUGGGAGGGCUUGAAACAAAAAAAGCAUCUUUGGCAGCACAUUCAUCUUAAACACAGAAAUCCAGCACAUUAAUGACAAUUUUAAGUUAGACCAUACCUCUAAAUCUCUUUUAAUUUCAUUCCAUAUUUUCUCAUAGUUAUCCUUAUACAGAUUCAAAUUUUUCCCAGACAGGUUCACCCCCAAAUAUUUAACUUUUUUCACAAAAUCUAGGCCCAUUUUUUCUUGUAAUAUUUUCCUUUCUUCAUUAUCCAGAUUUUUCUCUAUUACUUUGGUCUUGCUCUUGUUUAAUUUAAAUCCUGCUACCUGACCAAACUCAUGUAUUAGCUCCAGUGCUUUAACUGCACUGGAGUCUGGAUCUUGUAAUGUCAGAACCAAAUCAUCAGCAAAGGCUUUUAAUUUGUAUUGUUUCGAACCUACUGUAAUACCUUUAACUUGUUCGUCUUUUCUAAUCAUACUUAGCAAGACCUCCAGUACAGAGAUAAACAGCAGAGGGGACAGUGGGCAUCCUUGCCUGGUUCCCUUCUCAAUUCUAAUUUCCUCUGAAACCACAUUAUUUACAAUAAUUUUAGCUUUUUGUUCUUGAUAGAUCGCUUUAAUACCAUUUAUAAAAUCAUGACCUAUCCCCAUACUCUCUAAGUUAUGUAACAUAAAACUCCAAGAAACAUUAUCAAAGGCUUUCUCAGCAUCGAUAAACAUUACUUUGCUUUACAACUCUUUCUUGCUUCUAACUUUUCCAAUAUAUCCACAACAUUUCUAAUAUUAUCUUUCAUAUGUCUUCCAGGCAGAAUUCCUGCCUGGUCUUUAUGAAUAUACUCAGAUAAAACCUUUCUUUAGCCUAUUAGCCAGUAUAUUUGCAAAAAAAUUAUAAUCCACAUUAAGUAGGGAGAUUGGUUUGUAGUUUUUUUACGUUGGAUCUAUCCUGACCCUGUAUAAAAAGUGGUUUCUUUUGCUGAGUGGCUCUAUUCUAGUGGCAGAAACAUCACUAUUUUCUUUUUUAUAUAUAAUUUUAUUUAUAAACGUUACAACAAUUAUUCAGCCAUAAUUCUAACAUUUCAGACUUUGACUCCCUUCCCCCUCUUUCUGUGGUUUUUUACAUUUAUUUUCAUCCUUUCCUGCAUACUCCAAAUUAUCUUAACUUAUUCUUCUAAUCAUCUAUUCUCAUAUAUAUCUCAGAUAUGUUUUUGAAACUGCAGGUUUUUACAAUAGUCCUGCCAAUAUCUUGAUCUGUUUACAGUUUAUUUGUAAAUACUCAAUAAACCAUUUCCAUUCCUUUCUAAAAAAUUGUUAUAUUUCUUAUUCAUCCAGUAAGUUUUGUCAUUUCUGCAUACUCCAUUAAUUUCUGUAACCAUUCUUCUCUCUUCAGGACCUUUUCUUCCUUCCAUUUUUGGGCAAAUAACAUUCUUGCAAUUGUGGUUGCAUACAUAAAUUUCUAUACUGUUUAGGUAGUUCUGAUCCCAUAAUUCCCAAAAGAAAAGCUGCUGGGUUUUUCUACAAAUGUUAUCUUAAAAGGCUUUUUCAAUUCAUUAUAUAUCAUUUCCCAAUAAGCUUUAACCUUAUUACAAGACCACCACAUAUGGAAAAAGGUACCUUUUCCAACACUUACUCAAUUUUUAUUUAUACAUUUUUGCCAAUCUACUAGGUGUUAGGUACCAUUUAUAUAACAUUUUCAUAUAAUUUUUUCUUAAACCAUAACAUGCUGUAAGUUUUGUAUCCGUAUUCCAUAAUCGUUCCCAAGCUUCUAUUUCUAUGUUAUGACCAAUAUCUAUUGCCCAGUGUAACACUGAAGAUUUCACUUGUUCAUUCUUUGUCUCCUAUUCCAAUAACAUUUUAUACAUCUUAGAUAUCACUUUAGCAUAACAGAUCUCUCUCUAGUUGUGAUAGUUGUUCCCCAAACUCCUGCUUCAUAUCCUUUCUAAAUACUUCAUUCAAAUGAUGAUAUUGUAACCUUGUUGUUACCAUCCCUGAUAAAUCCUUAAACUCUUAUAAUUUAAAUUCUCCACCCUCCUCUCUUAGCAAAUUUCAAUAAAUUCCAUCAUAUUUUUCUUUUUCACCAUUAUGGCUUCCAAAGGUGAAAGCCAAAGUAGCGUUUUAGUAUCCAAUAAAUGUUCUAUUUAUCCCAUAUUCUAUACAAAUUUUUCCUAAUUAUAUGGUUGGCGAAACCUUUAUGUAUCUUUUCACACCACAAAUAAGCAUGCCAAAAUGUUAUCGUGACCUUCCAAAUCUAAAAUAUGUGAUUCUUCAAUAACAACCAUUCCUUCAACCAGCACAGACAAGAUGCUUCAUAAUAUAAUCUCAUAUCCAGCAGGGAGAAACCUCUCUCUUUUGCAUCUAUCAGUAUUUUAUAUUUUAUUCUCAGUUUUUUCCCCUUGCCAGAUAUAUUUAGAAAUAUCUUUUUGCCAUUUGUUGAAACAAUGUCUUGCCAAUCAGCCGUAUUGAUUGAAACAAAAAUAGCAUCCUUGGUAAUGCAUUCAUUUCUAUGGUUGGCACUCUACCCAACAAUGAAAGUUUCAUUCUACCCCAUAUUUGCAAAUUUAUUUUAAUAUCCUCUCAAGUUUUCAAAUAGUUAUCUUUAUACAAAUUUAUAUUCUUUGCUGUUAACCAUACACCUAAAUAUUUAGCCUUCUUUUCAAUCUUUAGAUCUGAUAUAUUUUGUAGUUUAUUUUUACUCUCAUCAUUCAUGUUUUUAAGACCUGCUAUUUCUCCAUUUUUUAAUCUCUUCUAGUGCUUUCAGAAUUAACUCUAUUGGUUCUUCUCCAGAUACCACCAUAUUGUCUGCAAAUGCUUUUAAUUUAUAUUGUCUCUGUCCCACCCUUAUUCCUUUAAUUUCUUGAUUACAUCUUAUUCUUUGCGCCAAAACUUCUAAAACUAAUAUAAACAAUAAAGGUGACAGUGGGCAGCCUUGUCUAGUUCCUUUAGUUAUUUUACAGUUGUUAGUCAAUACAUUAUUUACUAUCAGUUUUGCUGAUUGUUCUGUAUAUAUUGCCUUGACUCCUUUUAUAAAAGUGUCUCUACAACUUAUAUAUUCCAAAACUUUAAACAUAAAGUCCCAGGAGACAUUAUCAAAUGCUUUCUCUGUCUAAAAACAUUAAGGUUGCUUGUUUUUCAUUUCUCACUUUUAAAAAUUCUGUUACAUCAAUUAUAUUUCUAAUAUUAUCUUUCAUUUGUCUUCCUGGCAAAAAUCUGGCCUGAUCUUGAUGGAUUUCCUUUUUUGAUACAGCUUUCAGCCUAAUUAACUAAUAUAUCUGCAAAAAGUUUAUAAUUGUUAUUCAACAAAGAUAUAGGCUGAUAGUUCUUAACCAACUCUUAGGAAUCAAAGUUAUAUAUGCACUCUUCCUGAGUGCUGUGUACACACUCCCAUUUACUAUUCGCCCAGUGUGCUUCCAUUGCUGGUUUGUGAAGCUGUGUACACAUAAUGUUAACCGCAAUCCACAUCUAUCCCAUAGUUUCUUGAGAAUCACUGUGGUUUGCUGCAUUUCCCACCAAACUAGCUACAAUCUGAUUUGAUUCCAUAAGCACAUCCACACACACCCUUCUGCCCACUGAUGUGGACAGACAGCGGGUGACUGGGAAACACAUCAAAUCAUACUGAUGUGUACAAUAAUUUAUGAAUGUGGUUUGAAAUACAGCAGAAAAAUAUUUAAGCUGGCAAUGUGUAGACAGUCAUAGUCUUGCACGCUCUGUAUAUUUGAUGAUGCCCUGGUACCCUUCACAGAGUUCCACUAGGACAUCUUGUCAUAUCUCAGCAGGAAUGACAAUUCAAUUUCUACAAAGGACUAAGCCCUUUAAGUGUGAGUCUCGUUCCCCCAAAAGGGGUUUGAGCUCGGCUGGGAUGCUCCUCUAUUCAUUUACGCCAGGCAUGGCCAAACAUCAUCCCCGACCACUGGUCCGGAUAGCUAGGGAUGAUGGGAGUUGUAGUCCCAAAACAACUGGAGGGCCAAGUUUGGCCAUGCCUGAUUUAAGCAGUGUAGUAUGUUUGCCAGUUUUGGUAGAAAUCUGUCUCAACACUGUACCAUGCCCAAUAAGCUUUUCAGCUCGACAAUGGAUUCUGGUGGGGUAAUUCCUGAAAUAGCUUUCACCUUCUUAAGAACAAGGCUCACACUAUAUUCAUCUAUGCAAUAGCCCAGGUGCCCAUUCUGUCCUACCAAUUCCAGUGGUCCCCAGCCGCCCACCACUGGUCAUAAAUGGCGAUUCCCUCAGCUUUUUCUUACACACUUACCUUUAGAAAAUAGAAGUCAGGCAAGCGCCCCGUCACCAUAGGUAUUGACAUGAAUCACCCUGCCUCUUAAUUACAAUCCUGCAGUUGAGUUGGGUUCUUCUAGGAUCUGUGUACAAGGCAACCUAGCCCAGGUGGUCCCCCAAAGACUAAACUGACAUGUCACACUCUGGGAUUGCAGAGGUGGGAGAUUUUCUGUCUUUGGAUCUCGGGGGCACCAAUUUCCGAGUCAUGCUGGUGAAAGUGGGUGAAGGUGAAGAAAAACAAUGGAAUGUGAAGACGAAGCACCAGAUGUAUUCCAUACCGGAGGAUGCCAUGACGGGAACAGCGGAAAUGGUGAGUCAGAUGAGCAGGUGAAAUCAACCAAGUUACGUAUUGCAUCGUGACUUGCAGGUGUUCAGGAGGAGGCUUGCCCUUGGGAAGGAGGGAGGCCACAUUGUCAGAAGCAGAGGCAAUGUAGUCCACUUGGCAAAAUGUUGGACCUGGCCUGGACCUGAGUUCAAACCCUUUCAAAUAAUGACUCUCAUUCUCAAUUCAGAACCUUCCACAGAAGUCUCCAACUGUCCAGGACAAUUGACAUACUCUUUGUCUAAACCCAAACUGUGAUCUUGCAUUGCAAGACAAACUCAGUUGACUCCAUUUUUAUCUGAUGAAGUGGGCUCUAUUCCAUGAAUGCUUAUGCCAUGAGAAAAAUGGUUAGACAUAAAAUGUUGGAGUCAGCGUAGCGCUGAACAGGUCAUUCCACCGGCGCAAGGAUUUCUCCUCGUGCAACACAAUUAUCACCCUCUCUCCUCCCUCUGCGGGCCCUCUAAAUCCGCCCCUCCAGAGGAGAUUUUGGGAUGAUACAAGGCACGCACAGGUGGAAGAGAGGGAGCAGACAUAUUGCUUCGCUUCCAAUCAAUGCAUGCCUCAUAGUUUUCUGGUGAAAUCAUGUUACUUUUUAUGCCACAAACUUUCCAGGUUCCGUGUUUUCCCAUUUUUGUUGCACUAUAGCACAAGAGUGCCCAGGGGACAGCUGUGCAAUGACAUUGGGGAAGCCUUACAGAACAGCGAAUAAAGCAGAAUUAUGUGUGAACAGUAUAAACCCACCACUUACACACUAUUAUUGCAUCAAAGACAUGUUGCAGAGUGAGCGAAAUUGACAGAUUCAUCCAUCCUUCCAUGUUCCUCCAGAACUGCUUGUGGAAUGCUAAGGGAGAUUGCUGAACGUUUUCCCUUCCUUUCCCCGCAAACAGCAAUGGACUUUUUGUGUGUGUGUGUCUUUCUUCCCCAGCUCUUUGAUUACAUCUCAGAAUGCAUCUCCGACUUCCUAGACAAACAUCAGAUGAAACACAAAAAGCUACCUCUUGGCUUCACGUUUUCGUUCCCUGUUCGACACGAAGACCUCGACAAGGUGGGAUUUGGGAAGGGGGUUCCCUUCUCAAUGCUCUCUCUUUCUGCAUGAGUUGUUCAUUUGAGCCACUGAACCAUGUAUAAUGGUAGCCUGAUGAAUGUAAGUAACAUAACAAAAUAGCACUUCCAGGCAGGGGGAAUACUACAACUCCCAUCAGCCCCAGGCAGCACUGUCCAAAUGCACAGCAAACCAACAACUUUCCUGAAUUUAUAGCAGAAGCAUCAUGCAGAAAGAUGUCACAUGUGUCACUGAUAGUCAUGUACAAUCAUUCCAGAUUCUGGAAGGGUGCUUUUCCAUACCUGUCCAUUGCUCCAGUUGUUAUCCUGUUGCUUUCCACACAUCAGUUAAUGAUUAUUAUUAUUAUAUUAUAUAUUAUUAUUAUUAUUAUUAUUAUUAUUAUUAUUAUUACAUCACAUUGACCCAAUGCAGGGAUAAUUUUUGCCAAAGAGAUUUUGCUUAUUUCAGGAUGUUUCUUCUGAUCCUUUAAAUCUCUCGGUCUGCAGGGGAUCCUAUUGAACUGGACUAAAGGCUUCAAAGCAUCAGGAGCUGAAGGGAACAACGUAGUUGGGCUUUUGAGAGAUGCUAUCAAACGGCGAGGGGUGAGAUGAAAACUGUGUUGUGCUGUUCAGUUCAUUAUUUCUCCUCAGUUGCUUCGUAAGACUGUAAGAAGCUCCCUUAUACCAGGUCAGUCUGUCUGUCCAUCUGUCAUCUAGCUCAUGCAAUGACUGGCAACAUUUCAAUAGAGUCUCUAGCACAGGUUCUUUCCCACCACAUAUUAUCUGCUUCUUUUAACUUUGGGCUUAUUCCAGACUUACAUUUCCUCCAUACUUUCUCAGCACAAUCUGUGCUUUAAAGUUCUGUGUCCGAAAACUCUUUCUUGUUUUUUGCUCUGGAGCCUUCCCUGCAAAACCCGCUAUUUACAGCUGAAUCAAAGCUGAUUCUGCUGAAAACCUGAAUUGCUGUUUGUUGUUCUUCAGCUUUAGAGAGUGGGUUUUUGCAGGGAAAGCUCUGGGGCAAAAAGAAGAGCACUCAGACAUGGGCUGGCAAAGUGCAGGCCUGUAUGUGGAACGAGCAGGGCAAAAGUUAAGUGUGGAGAAGCCCCUAGCCAAAGGUGUCAGGUACAGGUGGCAAUCAUUUUGUGCAGGGUUUCCAUUCCUGGCCCCUGGGUGUGUCAACAGAGUCUGCAAAAGCCCACCCAGCCCUGUUCUGCCCAUUCACUCCUGUUCUGCCCUGCCCCUGUUCAGCCCUCCUCUGGGUACGAAAGAUCCUGUGCAUUGGCAGCCGUGCAACAAUUGGAUGUGUACAAAACGUUCGCCACUUGUCCUUAAAGGAUUCACAGAUUUGGGGAAGGGCCAUGGCUCAGCGGUAGAACAUCAGGUUCGAUCCCUCACUUCUCUAAGUAAGGCUGAAAGAGAAAGUCCCCCUCCCCCCGGCUUGAAAUCCUGGAGAGCUUCUGGCUGUCAGCGUUGACAAUACUGAGCUUGAUGGACCCCAAAAGCAGCUUCCUAUGUUCCUAUCCAAAUUUGCAUGUAUCAAUACUUCUGGGCAAGAUGCAAUGGCCAGUGCCUGGAGUCUCACCCGCAUCAUGUGCUGCAGUGUGCACAGCCACCCUUCCUUCCUUUCAUGCGUUUUAUCCACACACACAAACUACUUCCAGUUUCCCAAGAGUAUUAUGGCACUAUAGUAUUCCAUGGUGAAGAGUUUUUGCAUCUGUUGGGGAUGCGAGUGGUGCUGUGGUCUAAACCACUGAGCCUCUUGGGCUUGCCGAUCGGAAGGUCGGCAGUUCGAAUCCCCGCAACGGGGUGAGCUCCCAGUGCUCUGUCCCAGCUCCUGCCAACCUAGCAGUUCGAAAGCACACCAGUGCAAGUAGAUAAAUAGGUACCGCUGUGGUGGGAAGGUAAACGGCAUUUCUGUGCGCUCUGGUUUCUGUCAUGGUGUUCUGUUGUGCCAGACAGAAGUGGUUAAUCAUGCUGGCCACAUGACCUGGAAGCUGUCUGUGGUCAAACGCCGGCUCCCUCGGCCUGAAAAGCGAAAUGAGCACUGCAACCCCAUAGUCACCUUUGACUGGACUUGACCGUCCAGGGGUCCUUUACCUUUACCUUUUUACCUGUUCUAUCUGUGCUUCUCUUAGUUGGGUUUCUUCUCCUGAACAGCCUUUAAUUGCGGUGCUUCUUUCCACCCCUUGGUAGGACUUUGAGAUGGACGUAGUCGCAAUGGUCAAUGACACAGUGGCAACGAUGAUAUCCUGCUACUAUGAGGAUCACCAAUGUGAAGUUGGCAUGAUAGUGGGUAGGUCACCUCUCCUUUUAAUAUGCACCUGGUCACAAUCAGCUUCAAACUGGGGCUUUAAUCCUUAUUUCUAUUUAUUGGACAUAGCUUUCUUAUACAGGUCAGCCAAUUUGUACAAUCUAGCCCAGCAUUGUGUAUUAUUACUGCUCACCAAGGUCUUAAGCAGAGGGUCUUCUUCAUCACUUGCUACCUGAUCCUUUCAAUUGAAGCUACUGGGGGUUUAACCUGGGACCAUCUGUAUACAAAGCAUCUGCUGUGUCUCUCGUGAAAGCCAUUGUUUCUAACACUUGUGGGGGGACAUGUCAUGCUCUUUCUGGGAUACUUGUCCACCUUUGGUCCCCACCCUGCACUCAGCCCUCACCUGUGGCUCCUAGAAGCUGUCAGAAUGUGACAGUGACCACACCCCGGGAAACAGAUUUGACUUGCCGGCUAAGCCAGGUGAGGGUAGGCAAUGGGUCUCGGUGAGUUAGGGACUUCCCCUGCGUGUGAAUGCAGGCUUCAGCAGAUUGAGUGGACAAGAUCAAUAGUGGGCCCAAUGGUCAAGAAGGCGGUUUCUGUACAUGCUGUAGAGCAAAGUGAGGGGCAGAUGGGACUUGUCAACCUGGUAUGGCAGCCCAUUUAGGAGAAGGAAAACUCUGAUCCUAAACCUCCACUGCCUUGUGGGAAUAUCUUCAGGAGAAGAAAAGGCUAAGGAGUAAGCCCUACACAAAUCCCAAGUGGAGUCCCUAAGACGGUUGGAUGGCAUAUGCCUUCUUCUGGCAGCUCCUGCAGCCAAACUGGUAUCAAAUACAUUGCUCUGCUUUCCUUUGGAUCACAUCAGCAAGACCGAGGGAGGUGGGGACUUGUCAUCUGGGCAGCCCAGGACCUCCAGGCUUGCACUCUGGGGAGGUCACUUUGGUACUGCUAACACAGCAGUUUGACUUCACCCCCAACAACAACGUUGAUAAUGGCCUUAGAUAUCAGCAGACAGGCUAAAGCUGAAACAAUGCAUUGGCUAUUGCCAUUCUCAGCAGUCUUCACACCAGAGACGGAUCUACUAUAAAACUAAUGAAGCUUAAGCUUCAAGAGCCCUGAUUCCUGAGGGGGCCCAGAAGCAACUUUGGUCCACAUUGCUUAAAAAAAUCUGGGCCUGCCUAGUUGACCCAAUUUGAGUGGCACGACAAUUUGAGUGGCACGAUGUUAUAUAUAUUUCAACAACCCCAAAGUUUGACAGAUGUUGUAAAGGUGUGGUGAUCUGUCACGGAACAACCCCACUGAAGAGGAUAACAGUGGUUACCCAGACCUCAUUGUUGGUUGCGAAGGGGGGCCCAUGACAGUUCAAGUUUUGGGCCCCCAAAAAUGUCGGUUCGCCACUGCUUCCCAUUGGUGCAUUAUUGGUAAUCAUUAGAUAUAUAGUUCUUGUCUCUUUAAAUUCAAAGGAACUCUAUCUAUUGAUCUAUCAAUUGUUUAAUCAAUCAAUCAAUCAAUCAAUCAAUCAAUCUGGCCAACCUAUCUGUCUGUCUGUCUGUCUGUCUAACUAUCUAUCACGUAAAGUAAAGCAGGUGGGUCACAGCCAGACAACUAAAAACACUAAUACUGGAAUCAGAUUCCACUAAAAGCCUGGCCAAAGAACCAGGAAUUCAGUAGGCUUCUAAAGCUUAGUAGAGUAGAUGCCAGUCAUAUCACAUGGGGGAGUUCCAAAACCAGGGUGGCACCAUUAAGAAGGCUACCCGCUGUGUUGCCAUAUUGUAGACCUCAAUUAAAGAUGGCACAGCCAAGAAAGUCUCCUUGGUGGAUCUUAACAAAUGGACAGGCCUAUCCAGGACAAGGUAUUGUCUCAGGUAUCCCAACCUCAGGUAGUAUAAGGCUUUGUAAGUCUCUGUACCUUGAAGCAGGUUCACUAGCAUAUAGUCAGCCAAUGCAGUUCUUUCAGAAUCAGUGUUAUAUGUUUGCAGUAGGCCACCCCAUAGAGAAGCCUAAGCUUUCCAGCAAACUCCACUUGCUAGCCAGUCACGUGAAGUCAUCUGAUGUCACCUGUCAGUCAUUAUGUUCAUUUGCGCCCUGAGACUUUCCUGCUGGAAAACUCACCAUGAACAACAAGAAAGGUUGUUGUUGUUAUGAUGUUAUUUAUGACUUGCUUCUCAUGAAGAAUUUUGAAGUGAUUUCACAGUACACACACACACACACACACACACACACACACACAGCAACUGCAUAUGUAAGAACUGUUAAAACAAUUGCAUAUGAAGGUUGUGCCAGAGUUUCCUAUAUGACUCUCGUGCAUUGUCCGAACGUGGUGAAUUCUCUCUGUGUUUCCAUUCUACCAGGCACAGGUUGCAACGCUUGCUACAUGGAAGAGAUGCAGAAUGUAGAGCUUGUGGAAGGGGAUGUAGGUCGGAUGUGUGUAAACACCGAAUGGGGAGCCUUUGGAGCAUCAGGGGAGCUGGACGAGUUCCUCUUGGAGUAUGAUCGUGUGGUGGAUGAGACCUCACUUAACCCCGGUCAGCAGCUGUAAGGAAUAUGACUGAUAAAAUUAAUGUUUAUUGCUUUAUUGAGUUUCACACUUCUCAUUGUGAAUGAGACAGAGAGGAUACCUUUGAGCGGUCAUUAAUGCUGAGGCACCCCCAACCUAGUACUCCCCAGAUGUUGUCAGACUCCAUCUCUCAUUGCCUUCUCACAGCCGAUGGUCAGAGGAUGGGGGUUGGAAUCCAAAACAUCUGGAAGGCACCAGCAGGUUGGGGAAGGCUGGCCCAGCCCUAUCAGCUCAUGGAUGGUUUGAAAUCGGGGGGGAAUAUUCCCUAUGGCGAACCUGAUCUCUGUUCACACUAAUUUUAUAAGCAGAUGUGGGAAUUGGUUGGUGUGCGUGGAGAAACUCUAACAGUGGGAACAUGAUCUGAAUCUAGGCAUAGUGACUGCAUUUCAUCUAUGGAGUUGCUUUCUGGUCUCUGUAGCAUCCCAAAAGGCCUGAGUAAGGCAUGUGUCACAGUUGUGGGAUCCUCUGAGAUGCAGCUGACUCAUACUCUCCUGCACAUAUUUGCUGGCGAGAAAAAUGUGCAGAGUCCAGCAAAGAGGGAGAGGUGGUUGUUUUUCCUGCAGCUCAGAGAAAAUAGCAUCUAUUGCUGAACAAUCACUCUUGAUACCUGAGAGGGUUUUGCUAAAACAAGCUGCAAUUAUGUCAUCUAACAAGUCCUGCCCCCAACCCCAAACGACAUGUACCAGUGAUUUAAUAUUCCCUUUCCCCAGGUAUGAGAAGAUCAUAGGAGGAAAGUAUAUGGGAGAGAUUGUACGGCUUGUGCUGCUAAAACUUGUCAAUGAAAACUUGCUCUUCAAUGGAGAAGCAACAGAGAAGCUAAAAACCAGAGGAUCUUUUGAAACUCGCUUUAUCUCACAAAUUGAAAGGUAGUAUGUUUCUUUAAGGUAUUUCUUUUCUUUCUCUCUCUUUACCUGCCCAGGGUUGGUGUCAGGGUUAGGCAUUGUAGGGCAUUUCCAAAGCCCACACCGCCAACAAGGGACCCACUUCUGUUCUCUGGAGCCUCCUGGCCUUCUGCUUCUCUUCCCCGCUGCCUAAUGGCCUAAUUCAGUAUCAGGCAGCUUCCUAUAUUCCUAAAUAUAGAAUCAGAGUAUGGUAGAGUUGGAAGGGACCCUGAGGGUCAUCUAAUCUGACCCCCUGCAAUGCGAGAACCUCAACACACAGUCCCUAAUCCAAUUUGAAACUAUACCAUUAUCUCCUCCCCCCAACCUCAGACCUUUGUCAAAUGAUGAGGAAUUGCUAACAGAGCUCUCUUGGCGCUGUGGUGUAAACCACUGAGCCUCUUGGGCUUGCCGAUCAGAAGGUCGGCGGUUCAAAUCCGUGCGAUGGUGUGAGCUCCUGUUGCUCUGUCCCAGCUCCUACCAGCCUAGCAGUUCGAAAGCACGCCAGUGCAAGUAGAUAAAUAGGUACCACUGCGGCCGGAAGGUAAAUGGCGUUUCUGUGCGCUCUGGUUUCCAUCAUGGUGUUCCGUUGCGCCAGAAGCGGUUUAGUCCUGCUGGCCACAUGACCGGGAAAGCUGUCUGUGGACAAACGCCGGCUCCUUUGGCCUGAAAGCGAGAUGAGCGCCGCAACACCAUAGUCGGCUUGGACUAGACUUAACCGUCCAGGGGUCCUUUACCUUUAGCUUUUACCUUGAAAGGGGCAUUGUUCAUGGUCGAGCAUCUGCUUCCAUGCAGAAGGUCCCAGGUUUAAUCCCUGGCAUCUUCAGGUACAGCCGCUUGAAAACUUGGAGAGCAUCAACAAUACCGAGCAACAUGGACCCAUGGCCCAACUCAAUGUAAGGCAGCUUCUUAUGUAAACUUCUUUUGAGGAAUUCCACUACCAUCCAGCGCAAGUAGUUCAUCUCUUUAGUCUGAACAUCCUCAGAUGCUAGCACACAGUGGUUGCAUUCCCACUGGUUGGAAAAUUUAGAGUAGGAAAGGGCUGGCCAACAUUAGGAGCCGCCUAGACUGUGCUGCCAUUUAAGGCUAGCAGAUCUGGGCAAACAACCCACCCUGGACAUUAGGCAUUGACUCACCUGGCCGGCUCUCAUGGUUCCAAUUAUCUCGUCCAGGCUCUUGUGGGUCAGUUGGGGGAGUCAGCUGGAAGAAAUCAAAUGAGUAAAAUUAACAAGGACAAUAGUAAGGCCCUCAAAGAGUUCUGUUCCUGCUCUGUAUGGACAGAACUGCUGCUCACAUUCGGCUUCUACAUUAAGAACAUAGGGAUAUAGGAGAAGCCGGCUGGAUCAGACCAUUGGCCCAUCUAUUCCAGCAUCCUGUUUUCACAGUGGCCAACCAAAUGCCACAGGAAGACUGGAAGCACAACAGCGCUCUUCUCACUUUGGAUUCCCAGCCACUGGAAUUCAGAGGCAUACUGCAUCCAAGUGGCUAGGGCGUGGUGAAACCCAUCCCAUGGAGUAAUAUUCAAAACAACCUCCACUACAGUGGUUGUAACUUGUGCCCCACAAGCCCUUGCUCUUCUCCUGCUAGGAGGCAAACAAAUUGCAUUAGCACCUGGUCCACAGCCACCACAUUCUCUCUCCCCCCCAGUCUUAUGAAGCACAAAUCAGUUAUAUGGGAUGAAGCGCACAGGUUGGUUGUGGCCUCCUUCUUCUGGUUUUCCGUUGAGACCUGGGGCGAUGAAACACGCCAGCCCCCUCCACGAUGACAGUAGUGAGAGCCCUUGUACUUGUCGUUCCCAGUGAUCCCGGUGACCGUAAGCAGAUUUACAACAUCUUGACAUCCUUUGGGCUGUUGCCCUCUGUAACAGACUGUGACAUUGUCCGUAUGGCGUGCGAGAGCGUCUCUACGAGGGCUGCGCAGAUGUGCUCAGCUGGGCUGGCCGGUGUCAUUAACCGCAUGAGAGACAGCAGGUGCGAGGACACGUUGAAGAUCACAGUGGGCGUCGAUGGCUCCGUCUACAAGCUCCACCCCAGGUGAGACCUACCUACAGUCUGGCUAUAUCAUGAGGCUUCCAGGGAAGCCUGGGCCUUUCUGAACGAUUCAUCAGUAGAUGUUUAACUAUCAACACGCUUCUGAACGCUGGUGAUUUAGCAGCGCACAGCCACUGCUGUUCUGCUUGAAAGUGGAAAUGGAAUAGCAGCUCUGGGGACAUCCACAAUGUACAUUGAAUGCACAUGGCUCCUCCCUCCCCCAAGGACCCCAGGAGCUGCAGUUUGUUAAGAGUGCUGGGAAUCGCAUCUUUUUAUAAUUGUUAUUAAUUGGACUAUAUAGAAUUUGGGAUAACCCCUCAACAUCUGCAACAAUACAGAGUGGCGGCGUUGGUUUUGUCUGUGGGUGUGUUCUGCUGCAUGCUGUUGCUGCCAUAAAGUUGUGAAUUAGUAGUGAAUUUAUACCAGGCCAACCAAGCAUAAUUCCACUUUGUUAGUGGUUCUGUGAUGCAUCCCUAGUUGCCAUCUGGAGGAGCUCUCUCUGUAGCGCAACAAAAGCAGGACAACACACACAUUGCCCGUUGUAAGAAAAGUUCCAGGAUUUCAGCUGGAAGCUACAAGACAUGCACCGAGUGGAAACAAAGCAGGACGUUUGUCUAGAAAUGUUUGCAGGCGCAAACAAUUUUGAAAAUGAGAUUGCGUGUAACAAGGGCUUUUUUCCAGCCGGAACUCACCAGAACUCAAUAAUAAUAAUAAUAAUAAUAAUAAUAAUAAUAAUAAUUUAUUAUCUAUACCCCAUCCCAUCUGGCUGGGUUUUCCCAGCCACUCUGAGCGGCUCCCAACAGAAUAUUAUUAAUAAUAACAAAAAAAAAUGAUAAAACAUCAAACAUUAAAAACUUCCCUAAACAGGGCUGCCUUCAGAUGCCUUCUAAAAGUCAGAUAGUUGUUUAUUUCCUUGACAUCUGAUGGGAGGGCAUUCCCAUUAUAAGAGAAUAAGGGAGGUGUUCCAACAUCUCUUUUUCUGGAAAAAUAGCAAUGCGUAUAACUGUCCCGGUACCAUCAUAAGCACAAAACAUGAUUAAUGCUCAAUUUAAGAAAAUUCUGGAAGGGCCCAUACGGUAUAGGAAUAGAAUAUUACGUGUAUACGUGUCACUUAGACUCUGGUUGUUGCUUUUUCUAAGGAAAAGCAGUUUCAGUAGAGAAUCCUGCCUGGGGAGCGGUUGGGGAAGGAAAAGAGCGCUUACCUCUUCCCCCACCUACUGUUUUUAUGCUGCAACUCCCCUCGGCUGCUUCCCCUUUCAUGGGGUUCCAGAUGUCUGUUUACCUUUGCAAAUUAAUGUCUGACGCUGGACCUCUUGGCGGCAAGGAUGGAUUGGGGAAGAGGGAGACCCAGGAGAAAAGUGGAAGGCAGAGAAAAGGUCAGAGGUGCACCUGCAUAUAACAUUUAGUUUGGCUUUUGUUCAGUCGAUUUGAAGGGGGUCACCAUAGACAUCUGACAAUGGCACCUCUGGCAGCGGGGUGGUAGAGCAAUUUGCCUGUGUUUUUAUUAUUUGGCCUCAUAAAAUAGUAUCGCUGUUCAUUAAGCAGCCCCGUGCUGUGGCGGUAGCAAGCUUCACGCUGCUAGGCAGGAGGUAAGAGACAAUAGCUGGAAGAGGAAACUCCCCGAGUCUGUGUUCAGAGUCCAGGCCGAAGCUGAAGUCUAUGAACUGGGGUCUCGGACACACCAUGAAGGGCACGUCCGCAAGCUGAGGCAGCUUUUGGCACUGUUCACUGAAUGCCGAAUUGAGCUAAACUGGAAACCUGGAAAUAAUUCCUGUUGUAGAAAGGGGCACAGCCCCUCACCACAAUAUCAGCAUUGUUGAAACAGUCUGCAUAACAAGUAGUUUAGUCAACUGACUGGUUGGAUUAAUAGAAUAUACAUCUCUGUAUCUUGUGAUUUGUUGGGGGUAUGGGAAACGGAACAUAGCAUCUGAUUUGCAUGUAGAAGGCCCCAUGUUCUAGGUAGGGUUUCUAGAUGACCUACGUAUUGAGAAUUCAUCCUGAUUUGCUUGAAGGCCGGUUAGAUGUUGAUGUGUCAAAGCGAGUGUUACCCCACACUUCGCCAUCACUUUCCCUACCAUGAAAAGUCCAACCUUUAGGGAAGAUGAUUUGUUGCAUAAGACCAUAAGUCAACUGCGAUCGUGCAACCUGAAUAUGCUGGUGUGUGGUUGGAUCCGGCUUGAAAACAGCAACAGUCUGGAAGCUCCUUGGAAUCCCGGAGAACUGCUGUUAGUUAGCAUAAACAAUUCUGGCCGAGAUAGACCAAUGGUGUGACUCAGUUUAGGCAGUUCCUUGCGUCAGCUUGUUUCAACCUUGGGUCCCCAGAUGUUGUUAGACUACAUUUCCCAUCAGCCUCAGCCAGCUUAGCCAAUGGCCAUGGAUGAUGGGAAUUGUAGACUAAUAACAUGUAAGGACCCAAAGUUGAAGAACUCUGCCGUAUGUUAUUGCCUAUACUAUAUGCUAUUUGCAAAGGGGAAAAAGCAAAACUUAAUUCCGUGCAGGCUCCACAUCCCCAAAGAGCUGUGCAAAACUGCUUACUGUAUUUAUUAUUCUAUUUGUUUAUUUAGCAACAUCUACAUCUGCUGAAGUACCAGUGCCUUGGUACCUGGCCUAGCAUGUCAGGUGCUGAUAGCAGGUCUGCUUGGCAGAGGACAUUUAGAGAUAGGUCUCUAGAGAAGGUCUCAAUGUUCAGUAGAGUUGGGAGGGGAUUUGAUACAUUUCGUAUUUUAAGGUGAAUUUACCAAAUUUGCCCUUUCCGAAACAUGAUGUGAAGUGAAACCUAGCCAUCUUUGGAAAUGUUCUCUUGUCCGAAAUUUACAGUGCAGUUCACCAACCAAGUAAUGUGUACAAUAGUGCAGCUAAAAGCGUGCGUAUGAAUGCGUUAGUGAAACAUACAUACAAAAUGCAUCAUAUUAGAUUACAGUGCUUUGCCAAAAUGUGUAUAUUAGGCAAAAUUGCAUAUACAGUGUUACCUCUGGAUGCGAACGGGAUCUGUUCCAGAGCUCCGUUCGCAUCCUAAGUAGAACGUAACACACGACUGCACGUCUGCACGUCUGCCCAUGUGUGGGUUGAGUUUCACCGCUUCCGCGCAUGCACGCGACGUCAUUGUGAGCGUCUAAGCAUGCACGAGUGGUGAAACCCGGAAGUAAUGCGUUCUGUUACUUCCGGGUCGCCAUGGAGCGCAACCCAAAAAGGCUUAACCUGAAGCGACUUCAACCCGAGGUAUGACUGUACAGUGGUACCUCAGGUUAAGUACCAUAUUUUUCGUUCUAUAGGGCGCACCAGCCCAUAGGACGCACCUCGUUUUUUGGGGGGGGAAAUGAAUAAAAAAAAUUAUUCCCCCCCCUGCGGCUGCCGCCCCAAGCCUUGUGCACACCUGCAAGAAGCACGGGGCACCCUCCGGAGGGCUCCCCGUGCUUCGGGCGACAGGCUGCCGCCCCAAGCCUCGCGUGCUCGGUGGGACCUCCUGCCGGGUGCACAAGGCUUGCAGACACUCGCCCGAAGCACGGGGAGCCCUCCGGAGGGCUCCCCGUGCUUCGGGCGACAGGCUGCCGCCCCAAGCCUCGCGCGCUCGGCGGGACCUCCUGCCGGGCGCGCAAGGCUAGCAGACACUCGCCCGAAGCACGGGGAGCGAAAAAUACGGUACUUCAUUGGUUCCGGAGGUCUGUUCUUAACCUGAAGCACCACUUUAGCUAAUGGGGCCUCCCGCUGCUGCCGCGCCGCCAGAGCACGAUUUCUGUUCUCAUCCCGAAGCAAAGUUCUUAACCUGAAGCACUAUUUCUGGGUUAGCAGAGUCUGUAACCUUAAAUGUAUGUAACCUGAAGCGUCUGUAACCCGAGGUACCACUGUAUAUAUGCACACUAAAAUGCUGAUAAAUUUUCAUGCGGACUUAAAAAACACCUGCUGUGGAGAAAAACGAGGAAUGGAGUGAAUCGGAAGUCAACGUAUGUCCAUUCCUAAAACCCAGACAGCUUUAUGUAGAGAGGUGGAUUUCCCUUCUCAAUUUAUCCCCUUGUCUUUCUCUCUCUCUUUUUUUACCCAGCUUCAAAGAUCGGUUCCACGCAGCAGUCAGGCAACUUACACCGGACUGCGACAUCACCUUCCUGCAGUCUGAGGAAGGCAGUGGCAGGGGAGCGGCUCUCAUCUCGGCAGUCGCGUGCAAGAUGGCGUGCAUGAUUGGCCAAUGA